AUGCCUCGGAUCAAGACUGUGCAUUCGAAGGUUACAAAGGCUCCACGUCGUCCUUUCGAGAAGGAGCGUCUUGACCAGGAGCUGAAACUCAUUGGAGAGUUUGGUUUGAAGAACAAGCGUGAAGUUUGGCGCGUAAAGUACACACUGGCAAAGGUGCGCAAGGCAGCUCGAGAGUUGCUCACAUUGGAAGAAAAGGAUCCCAAACGACUUUUCGAAGGAAACGCUCUUCUUCGCCGUCUUGUGCGUAUUGGAGUGCUUCCUGAGGACCGAAUGAAGCUCGAUUACAUCCUCGGUCUUCGCGUAGAAGAUUUUCUCGAGAGACGUUUACAAACGCAGGUUUUCAAUGUUCGCCGCCAAGUAGUUGACGUUCCUUCCUUCAUCGUCCGUCUUGACUCGCAGAAACACAUCGACUUCUCACUUAAAUCACCCUUCGGAGGCGGCCGCCCAGGACGUGUAAAGAGACGCAACAUGAAGAAAGCUGAAGGAGGUGAAGCGUCAGGAGAUGACGAGUAA